CCUCCAUCUACGCGCGCAGAGUCUCUCCAGCAAGUGCUGCAAUAUCGCCACGAUGCCGGAAGCCUUGGACUACAAGACCUUUGUCGUUCCUCUCGUCAUCGUAGUCGUCGCCAUCCUCGGUGGCUUCUUCUUCUUGACCGGCGAAGAGUCGCCGAAAGAUCGCCCUCAGCCGCCUGCUCCCGAGAAGGCACAGCAAGAAUCUCGCGGACCGAACACUGCCAUCGACCCAAAGACCUUCACCGAAUUUCCAAUCUCCGAGAAGACCCAAACAUCGCACAACACCGCCAUCUACCGCUUCAAGCUUCCCACAGAGGACAGCAUCCUCGGCCUUCCAAUCGGCCAGCACAUCUCCCUCGCCGCGGACCUCGACGUCACCGACCCAAAGACCGGCGAAGUGCAGAACAAGGAAGUCGUACGAUCAUACACGCCGAUCUCUUCAGAUGUCACGCCCGGCCACUUUGACCUGCUGAUCAAGAGCUAUCCGACCGGUAACAUCUCCCGCCAUCUCGCGACUCUCAAUGUCGGUGAUAAGAUGAAGGUGCGUGGGCCAAAGGGCGCCAUGGUAUACACUCCCAACAUGGUUCGUCGCUUUGGAAUGAUCGCAGGUGGUACCGGUAUCACACCAAUGCUUCAGGUCUGUCAGGCGAUUCGCCGUGGUCGCAAGGACGGUGACAAGACAGAGGUUGACCUUAUUUUCGCCAACGUCAAUGAGGAGGACAUCUUGCUCAGGGAGGAUCUCGAUGCUUUGGCUAAGGAGGAUGGCUUCAACGUCUACUAUGUUCUGAACAACCCUCCAUCUGGAUGGACCGGUGGUGUCGGCUUUGUGACCGCAGACAUGAUCAAGGAACGUCUCCCUGCACCUGCAAAGGACGUCAAGAUCCUCAUCUGUGGUCCUCCUCCUAUGGUUUCUGCGAUCAAGAAGGCCACCGAGUCAUUGGGCUUCGACAAGGCUCGACCAGUCAGCAAGCUCGAGGAUCAAGUCUUCGCCUUCUAA